AUGGCUGCAGAUGUCCACAAGAAGAAAAGCUGGGAAGUGCCCAAUGGGUCCCUGGCACCAGGAGAUGGGCAGCACACGGAGAGGUCCGAGAGCCCCACGCCGGGGCUGGCACAGGGCACGGAGCCAGGGGCAGGCCAGGAGGGAGCCAUGUUCGUGCACACCCGCUCCUAUGAGGACCUGACCAGUCCUGAGGAUGGGGCGGCUGUGGCACGGAGCCCAGAGGAGAGACGAGGGGAGCCAGCCAAGCAGAGCAGCAUGGAGCAGAUCAGCAAGGACUUCAGCGAGCUGAGCACACAGCUCACGGGCAUGGCCCUUGACCUGGAGGAAGAGAUGAGGCCAGGCAAGGAGGGGAAGCUAGAGCCAUCCCUGCAGACCACCCGCCGUGACUCGGUGCUGUCGGGGAAGGAGGAGGAGGAUGUGACCAUGGAUGCCUGGCGCUUGCACAGGAAGCACGUCUUCGUGCUGAGCGAGGCAGGCAAGCCCGUGUAUUCCCGCUACGGCUCUGAGGAGGCCUUGUCCAGCACCAUGGGCGUCAUGAUGGCCCUGGUGUCCUUCCUGGAGGCCGAGAAAAACGCCAUCCGGUCCAUCCACGCAGAUGGCUACAAAGUGGUCUUUGUGCGGAGGAGCCCGCUGGUGCUGGUGGCAGUGGCACGCACCCGGCAGUCAGAGCAGGAGAUUGCACACGAGCUGCUCUACAUCUACUACCAGAUUCUGAGCCUGCUUACAUGGACCCAACUCAACCACAUCUUCCAGCAGAAGCAGAACUAUGACCUGCGCCGGCUCCUGGCUGGCUCCGAGCGCAUCACUGACAACCUGCUGGACCUCAUGGCCCACGACCCCAGCUUCCUGAUGGGUGCUGUGCGCUGCCUGCCCCUGGCUGCCAGUGUCCGGGAUGCUGUCAGCAGCAGCCUGCAGCAGGCCAAGGCCAAGAGUCUGGUCUUCUCCAUUCUGCUGUCUGGGAACCAGCUAGUGUCUCUCGUGAGGAAGAAGGAUCAGUUCCUUCAUCCCAUUGACCUCCAUCUGCUCUUCAACCUCAUCAGCUCUUCUUCAUCUUUUCGGGAGGGCGAAGCCUGGACUCCCAUUUGCCUCCCUAAGUUCAACUCCAGCGGUUUCUUCCACGCCCACAUCUCCUACCUGGAGCAGGAGAUGGACCUGUGCCUGCUGCUGGUCUCCACUGACCGUGAGGACUUCUUCACCGUCUCCGACUGCAAGCGGCGCUUCCAGGAGCGCCUGCGGCGGCGGGGGGUGCACCAUGCUCUGCAGGAGGCUCUGCGCACCCCCUUCUACAGCAUCGCCCAGGUGGGCAUCCCUGACCUCCGGCACUUCAUCUACAAGUCCAAGAGCUCCGGGCUCUUCACCAGCCCUGAGAUUGAGGCUCCCUACGUGCAGGAGGAGGAGAAGGAGAGGCUCUUGGGGCUUUAUCAAUACCUGCACAGUCGGGCCCACAACUCUUCACGGCCCCUGAAGAACAUCUAUUUCACAGGCCCCCGCGAGAACCUCCUGGCGUGGGUAACCAAUGCCUUUGAGCUCUAUGUAUGCUACAGUCCCCUGGGGACCAAGGCCGGUGCCAUCAAUGCUGUCAACAAGCUCAUGAAGUGGAUCCGCAAGGAGGAAGACCGACUCUUCAUCCUCACGCCCCAGACAUACUGACGGGCAUCUGGCAUCACCUGGGGGAUGGAGCCAGCUGGGAGAGCCCCCACUGUGCUGGGGAGCCCAUUCACAGGGACCCCAGAGCACAGGGAAACCCCAUCUGCAGGACUGUCCAACCUGGUUGUUAGAGAUGGGGUGCACAGGGAAAGGGAAAGGGCUGAACAGGACUUUCAGCUGCAGGCAGUGCCCCAGCUGGGGGGCUGUUCUUCUGCAGUCCCCAGCUCCAUCCCUUGUGGGGGUCCUGGAGUGGGGCUGCUGGUACCCCAAGUUACUGGAGGGGAGCAGAACCCCUGGGUCCUGCUCCCUAUGCCUAGCACCUCCCUUCUCUGACAUCCUGUGGCUGUGCCGAGGGUGGGAGUCCCCAGGGGAGAUGUGGCAGCACUCAGGGCGCCCCUGUGUUGCUGUGCCCGCAGAUGACAGGUGACGCUGUCCUGACAAGGGACAGGGCUGGCCUGCACCUUUCCCUGCCUUGGGGAAUCUGGAUCCCCCAAGUGCCAGGGAGCCUCUGCAGUCCCAGAGCGGGUUUGCCCCCUUGGCAUCUGUAUGAGCCUGGACCCUUCCCACUGUGGCUGUGAAAAGGAUGACUGUCCCUGGGGUUGCUGGCAGGCAGGGUGGGUCACCCCGCCCCACCUGGGACAGCAGGGUCCUGCCCACCUCAUCACAAGGACACAGCAGCUCCAGAGGUGCUGAGGUGUUUGUCAGGGUGCUUGUGGGCUUGUGGUUCUGGCUGUGGGUAGUGGACCCUAAAAGGGGCAGCUCAAGCACAUCUCCUUGGAGACCCCCUGGUGCAGGGCCAUGGUGCUCCCCACCCCAUGGAGGAGGCACUGGAGCACCUGUCGCCCAAACCCAAAUCCAGCUCCUCGAGCCAGCUACACUGAGCUUCCUGCACCUCCCUGACUACCCCAGGCACUGGUGUGGGGCUGAGCACCUGUGAACAGCGCAGCUCUAUAUCUUGGGGCUGUCUGAAUAGUGCUGGAAUAGGUGUUGCAGGAGGGGCGGAGCCAUCAGGGUGACACCCUGGCACAGAGGGAGCUGGGAAGGAUCUGGCAGG